AUGGCAGCGGGGUUUGUGUCGCGUUUGAUUGAGGGCUACUUGAGAGAGGAAGAGGUAUGGGUGCCCCGUGUGAGUGCGAAGAUACGAGAGGAUGUAAUGGACAUGGUGGAGUCGAUAUGCGAAGAAGUUGAUCCCUGGUGUCGUCGGAAGAGGGGGCCUGAUUGUGAAAGCUGCAGCGGACAGUGGAUGUGUGCGGCGGAGAUAUUAGUCGAAGUUUUUGAGCCGGAGAGGCUGGCGAAGUUACUGGAGCGGCACGAUGUAAUCUCGCCGGUGGACGCGGAGCGACUGGGUGUGUCUCCGUUAUGGCGGUUGGCAUGUGUGUUGAAGACACACUUAGUUUACCGGCAACUGCGCAAAAUUAUACAUAUGUUGGGAGUAAGGCUGGAGGAACUACUCGGCGGGCGCACAACGCUCUACGCCUUUGGACUGGCCGGGGUGCGUCGUCUGCCGCGUUCAGAAGAGGCGCGAAGACUCAUGAUAGCUGCCUCGGCAUUCUCCAACCGUCUCGAGUCGGGACUUUCCCGUGGCCGAGAACACUCACUCUCCCAUGGAUCCGGCACGGGCUUCUGGUUGUGUAUGACCGGCCGCGCCGUUGUGUUGACCGCAGCCAUGCGCGUCGCGCUUGGACCGCACUGGUUCGCGCAACUUGCAGCCCUCUGGCGAACAGCUGCACGCGCACCACCGCCUGAACAACUAUCGGACUACGGUGUUGUUGGCUGUCUACUCAUGCGUUCGCGGGCCGUCAAGGACGGGGUUACGCUCCUCUCUACCUUUUGCGGCAUCCCCGAUAAGCUCCUAGAGCAACUCCCACGUAGCCUGUUCCAUACAUCACCCGACGGCCGCGAGUUCGAAUCCGCCCUCAACCUCGUCACCAGCUGGACCAAAGAAAUUCUCGCCAUCGCCACCGUCGGCGCCAUAGCUGCUACCCGAACUCCACGCACUCUAGGUGCCGUUGGAAGCCGGCACGAUGUUGAACACGCGCUUUUCGCCGAAGUUCCCACCGACCUGUUGAUGGCCCGCGCGGUCGCUCCGCCCGUGCGGCUCUGGGAUGACGUCACGGCCUCGCAGGCGGAGCCGGGACCAAUGCAACUGGUCAAAAAGUACCUUGCAGAGGAAGCCACUGAGACGGUGGCGGCCGAGAUCACGGAGGCGGGCCGGAACGAGUACUUUGCGAAGCUGAAGAUGUUCUUGACUACCUUGAGGAACUUGGUGCCGUCGACUCCAGUCGGGGUGAAUGAGCGCCACUGCGUGGGUUUGGUGGGAUCGUGUCGUUGGCGGUGGUUCAGUUACGUUACGGCGUUGCUGAAGAAGAUUCGUUGCAUGGGUCUCCAGCGGCGGUUCGAUUCCGAGCUGGCGCAUUUGUUGGCGCCUUUCAGGAAACGGCUGGAAGAGCUGAAGUACGGGGCUAUGCCGUUGUCGGCGGGUGUGUCGGACGAAUGGUUGCUUUCGUGUUUGUUACAGAGGAGCACACAGGCGCUGGACCCCAAGUUGCUGUUAACGAAUCUGGAAGUUUCGGUCAGUGAGGGUGAGCAACGGUGUAAGGAGAUGUUGUAUUGUGAAUCAUUUGGCAAGCAUUACCGCAAGCUACCGCAAUCACCAGCACGACGACGCAUCGUGCUCGCUGCCUCGUUGCUAUGGCACUUACUAUGCAGGGCACAUUACCGUCCAGCCACACGUAAAAAGGCCAAACGGCAGGACCCUGACUUCCGCCAUUGGAAUACGGCCACCCGCGUUCGACUCGGAGUCACCACCGUACUCUUCCACGAACUGGGUCCUGAACCUUUCGCGAAGCUUGCGAGUCUCUGGCGCCAACGCACCCAAGCACCGCCGGCAACCAUCCUCUCCGACCGCUGCCUCAUCGCCUGCCUUAUCCGAGACGUCACCUUUCGCAGUCACGAGAUUCUAGCCUUCUGCGAUCGCUACAACGUUCCCGCCGCAGAAUUUAACAACCAACGCUGCGCGGUCAUAGACGAAAACUUCGACGUCAUGCAUCAAAUACUCUACCCCGCCGACCCCCUCGUCAUCGACGACCCCGAGGCCAUCGAGGACCCCGAAAACCUCGUCAUCGACGACGACCCCGAAGCCCUCGUCAUCGACGACGACCCCGCAGCCCUCGUCAUCGACGACGACCCCGAAGCCCUCGUCAUCGACGACGACCCCGCAGCCCUCGUCAUCGACGACGACCCCGCAGCCCUCGUCAUCGACGACGACCCCGCAGCCCUGGUCAUCGACGACCCCGUAGUCGUCGCGCCUCGGGCGACGACCGAUCUGCUGCAAGCGACAAUCGACGAAGUCACCCGGCGAAUGCGCGCCACGGAACUGACGCGUCCCGGCCCCUCGUGGCCGGCCCGGCGCGGUCGACAGAAGGCUGGACAGAAAGAGGCGCGCAAGCUCCCGGGCAACGCCACGCGAAAGAUGAAAGCUGGAACAGAAGUGCCACUGAACCUGAACCUGAGCGCCGAUCCCAUCGCUGCCGCAAACGUUCCUCUUAAAAUGGCGGCCGCGGGGUUCGUGACGCGUGUGAUUGCGCGAUGUCUGGCGGCCGAAGAGGCGGAGGCACGUGAGUCGCUGCAGCAAGCGCGAAAGGCAUGGAUUGCCGCAGCCACCGCAGCCACCGUGUGUCGUGUGAACGAAGCGGCGGAACGAUGGGGGGAACUCCGUCAGGACCUCCUCGCAGUUCAAGACAAAAAUCCCGAUCCAAUUCCCGAUCCAACUCCCAAUCCAGUUCCAGGAGGAGUUCUGGGUUUAGGCCGUCCAGCAGGUCCGCAGGAGGAGUUCAUGACGUCAGUUGAGGACUGUUUCGCGACGAGUGCGUACCGUAAGGAGGCAGUGCAUUGUGAGGCGUGUGCUUGGCCGCUUGUGUUGGUGGGCACAAUGGCGUGUGCGCGGUUCGAGCAGAAGCGACUGGCAGGGUUGUUGGACCGAUACGACGUGGAAGCGUUGAGGUUCCGAGAUCCACGCGCUCCCCUGGUGUCGGCGGGGUCCGCGGCUUGGCGGUUCGCGUGCAUGCUAAAAACGCGUCUAUACUACGGCAAACGCGCCACGGUUGCAACGCGAGUGGGCCUACACCCGGAAGAAGAAUUCCGAGGCCGCGACCGACUGUAUGCGUUCGGACUCGACGGCCUACAGCGACUGCCACGCUCCGAGGAAUCCAGACGACUUGUGCUCGCGGCCUCCUUCGUCUCACACUGGCUCUACACCGGCUUCCACUCCGCACCGCCCACUGGACGCACUUGGCGCUCCCUCUCGCAACGUGCUAUGCUCGUAGCCUCCGCCGUCAAAAUCGGCCUAGGACCCGAACUGUUCGCCGAACUUGCAGCCCUCUGGCGUUCCAUCGCCCGCGCUCCGCCGACCGGGGAGCUCUCGGACCUGGCCGUUGUCGGAUGCCUCCUCAAGGCCACGCGCCUCGUCCAAACAAAAAUCUGUGCCCUCUCCACGCUCUGCGGCGUCCCCGACCACUUCCUCGACUCGGCAUCCAAACGACUCGUAGACACCACACCCGACGGUCGCGAGUUCGAAUCCGCCCUCCGCCGCAUUGGCGCCUGGACUAGGGAACUUCUCGCCCUCAACGUCGCCGGCGCCCUCGGUGCCUCCGGCCUGGACGCCGACUCCGCGGCGCCGGAGCCGGACGCCGAUGACCCAACUGGAGCAACUCCAAAAAAGCGCGCUGCAACUCGAAAGAAACGGGCAACUCCGGACUCCGAGCCCCUGGGUUCGAUUCCGUCGUCCGUUACGGAGGUGGAGUUUGUGAAGAGGGCGCCUGCGGCCUUGUUGCGGGCGCGACGCGACGCGUCGUCGGGCGUGGUGCGAGACAGCGAAACGAGGGAGACGCCAGUGGUGGCCGAGUUGAUCAGGGAAUACGUGUCUGCCGAAGCUGGUCCGAGGUUUGAAGAAUCGGCGUUUCGAUUCCUAUCGAAACGCGGGCCAUGGUUGAUGAGAUGGCUGAACCGGUUUCUGGACCGACCGGACCGUGAAAGGACUCGGUUGCUCGCGCGACGGCCCACAGCGCCUCCCGUCUUCAGCUCUUGUGGCUGGAAGUGGGCUUGGCUUGCCGGGUCUUUGUGCGAGGCACUGCGCCGUGCCGGGUUACAAGCCCCCUUCACGCGGCUGCGACACCGGCUGGUGGCCUCCUAUGAGGUGAAAGAGCGAGCCUGGGUUUUGCCCCAUGAGGACUCGGCCCCUGCAGGAGCAGCAGACUCAGACUCGGCCCCUGCAGGAGAAGACUCGGCCCCUGCAGGAGAAGACUCGGCCCCUGCAGGAGAAGACUCGGCCCCUGCAGGAGAAGACGUGUCUUGCGGAAGUGAAUUGAGUGUGUUCCCAGAGAUGUCGGACGAGUGGGUGUUAGGUUGCUUGCUGCAGCGGAAGGCCCGUUCGUAUCGGACGGUGAGGUUGUUUUCAUCGUUAGGUGUUAAGGACAGCGAUGCGUUGGACUGUCGAGGGAUGUUGUACUAUGAUGGGGUGGGUGCGAAUUUUAGGCAGUUGCCGUGUGCGUCAGACGCGCGCACGUGUGUGCUGGCGGCGAGUCAGUUGUCGGAAUGGUUACGGAAGGCGGCGCAGCCCAGACGUCGUGUCGGGUCGUGUUUUGGUGUGGAAAGUCUGGGUACGGAGAACCGAUGUCGUUGGUGUCAAUUGACUUCCAGUCGUCUCGCUCUAACAGUCGUUUUCCAUCGGGUCUUGGGCGAUGCAGUCUUUGGCCGAGUCGCGACCUUUUGGCGCAAACGGUCCGGCGCCCCACCCCGCAUACUACUCUCAGACCGUUGCCUAGUCGGUUGUCUCCUCCAAGGCAUCGUCAUCCCACCUAGAACGCUGGAAGCCUUCUUCAACGAACACAAUGUGCCCUUAACACACCUCACAGACCACACCUGUGCCGCCCUCGACAAAAACUUCGAUACAAUGCAGCGCCUACUCUACCCCAACCAACACGACCUAUCGACUCCAGCUCCGACUCCAGCUCCGACUCGGAUUCCUACCGCAGCACCCGAUCCUCGUCCUGAAGCCGAGCGGCAAAAACGUCGCACCGAUGUGUCCGCCGAACAGAGUCAGCUCCCGCUCAAGAAGCGGGCACUCGCUCGGUGCUUAUCCGACUAA